GUUAGUCCUCCUCUGUGGCUGAUGGAGUGCCGAAAGGGGAGGGUACUACUUUGUCACAGACUCCUAUGUAGAUUAACCUUUCAAUUAGUUGUUAUCAGGUUCCCUCUGCCUACGCGUGCGUUCAUCUUCCGAAUCAAACAGGACCCCGUUGGAUAUAUCAGGCUACUUCACGCAAAAAUAAGCGUGUUUUUAUUGCUUAUAGGAGGAGCGCGGAGAGAUCGCGCGAGGAACUUAAAGGUGUAACACGAAAGGAUUUUUCAGCAAGUCUUCUGACUUUGGAUUUACAACCACAAGGGAUUUUUUUCUUUCUGACAAAAGGGAAAAGAAAUGAAUAGCCAGUCUGAUCUUUGAGGAGUUACAUCAGUCUCAUAUCCUGUUCGGCAUGAUGUACUAAUGGCUGGCUGUUGUUUGUGGAUGCAUAUUGUUCACUCUUAAAAGAAAAGGAAUGUAUUCAUGGAUCACACCUUAAUGAAACAACUUAUUUCACCAUGGUGAAACUGGCCAAUCCCCUGUACACAGAGUGGAUUCUUGAGGCUAUUCAGAAGAUCAAAAGGCAGAAGCAGCGGCCUUCGGAGGAGCGGAUUUGCCAUGCCGUCUCAACCUCACAUGGACUAGACAAGGGCGUCGUACUCCAGCAGCUGGAGCUCUCUGUGAAGGAUGGAUCCAUCCUUAAGGUUACCAGCAAAGGAUGCGCUUCAUACAAAGACCCGGAUAACCCGGGAAGGAUUGGGCCUUUCAAGCUGGGAGGCUCUGGCCCGGUCUCGCUUGGAUCUGUGAUACCUGCAGGAGAUCUGCGCCAUGUGGAUUGGAAUAAAAUCCUUAGGAGGGCUAUUGAAGGUCUGGGCGUCCCGGCUGGCUCCUCUCUAAGGAACAUCGAGAGAUUUCUUAGAAGCCAGGGCGACCUGGUGAAUGUUGUGGCGAACCCAAGGUUUCAGCAGAGGCUGAGGCUAGCUGCUAAGCGAGCGGUAAACAAUGGGCGGCUGCUCAAGGAUGGGCCACUCUACAGGAUGAACAGUGGUGGGCUGGGAGGCAAAGCUUGCUUCAGGAGCGUGGGGGUCUUUGGUGUUGACCUCCCACCUGUGACACUACUCCCUCAUGAGAGAGACCAGCCACGUGCUGAUCCCAUACCCAUAUGCAGCUUCUGUUUGGGCACAAAGGAGUCCAAUCGAGACAAGAGGCCAGAGGAGCUGCUGUCCUGUGCUGACUGUGGGAGUAGCGGCCAUCCAUCAUGCCUGAAGUUCUCCGCUGAUUUGACUGCAAAUGUCAAGGCCCUGCGAUGGCAAUGCAUCGAAUGCAAAACAUGCAGUUCCUGUCAGAUUCAGGGGAAGAAUGCUGACGAGAUGCUCUUCUGCGACUCCUGUGACAGGGGUUUCCAUAUGGAGUGUUGUGACCCACCGCUCUCCAGAAUGCCAAAAGGAAUGUGGAUCUGCCAAGUAUGCAGGCCAAAGGAGCAGGAGGGAAAACGGUUGCUACACAAGACAGCGGCCCAGAUCAAAAGGCGAUAUGCAAAACCAGGAAGGCCGAGAAAAAAUCUAGCACAUCCAACAGUGUCUGACAGUGGUGGUCCGGGAUCCGUUGAGCUGUCUGAAAAAGCACGGCAUGGUAGGGGUUCCAUAAGCACUUUCUGUACCCCACCCUCAUCAAGCACCUUUAUACCCACCACAGACGGCAGGAGUCUCACAGACCCCCUCACAUCCACACCCACCCGCACUACGUUGCCCCCAAUCAACAAGAAAACCAAAGGUCUCAUUGACGGGCUUUCCAAAUUUUUCACGCCAUCGCCCUUGGGUCGCCGGUUGCGCAGUGAGACGUCAGGCUCCUCGAAUCAGCACAGGCAGAGGAAACGGGGCUAUCGGAAAUGCCAUGCCAGCAUGACGACGCCAGGUGUGAGGUUAAACGCCCCAUCUAGUGUUCUCCUUACCCCUUCCCCUUCACAAGGACACAGUCCCAUCUCGCUGAACCCCGCCCAGUCAUCCUCACCCUCCUCCGCCCACUCCCCCCACAGCUCCUCCUCCCAGUCUAGUGGCCCGUCCCUCAGUAGUCUCCCAGGCAACAACCAGCUGAAGGGACUCUUUGAUGGACUGUCUCACAUCUUUACCACUCAGGGACAGUCCCGGCAAAAGGGACUCCCCAGCUACGCACCGCCCAAGCGAGCGCGCCGCAGCCAGGACAUUUCCACCUCACCCAAAAUGUCCCUGCAGCUUCAAGGAAAGAAGUCUGUCAAGGGUUUCGGUAGUAAAUUAGCAUGCCUGUCCGGUUCAGCCUCAGGAUGGGCGCCCAAGCGGGGCCGGCCGUUUAAGUCAGCACUCCAUUUCAAACGAACUCCCUUCUUGAGAAAGCACAAGCUGCUAGGCAGGUUUAGGUUUAAGGCCUCCCCAAAGAGGGAGAACACCACACCAGGGAAGGGCAGAUUGGCAGACGGAAGAGUAAAACCAGACUCAAACUAUGCCUUUAAUGCCAAGAGAUGCUCAAGAAGAGAACCACAGGAAGGAAGGAUGACUUUACUCAAUGACCAUGUGGCUGAAGAGGAUCUGAAAUUGUUCAGACACAUCAAGGAGAUCACAGCAAAGAAAACUGGUGGCGAUCAAGGACAGUCCCCUCCUUUGAUUGAGUUUGGGCAAUAUGAAAUACAAACUUGGUAUUCCUCACCAUACCCUCCAGAAUACUCGAGAUUACCGAAGCUUUAUCUCUGCGAGUUCUGCUUAAAGUACGUGAAAAGCCAGGACAUUCUGCAGAGGCAUUCAAAGAAAUGUGGGUGGUUUCACCCGCCAGCUAAUGAGAUCUACAGGAAGGAUAACCUCUCUGUGUUUGAGGUUGAUGGAAAUAUCAGCAAAAUAUUCUGCCAAAACCUUUGUUUGCUUGCAAAACUUUUUCUGGACCACAAGACAUUGUAUUAUGAUGUGGAGCCUUUUCUCUUCUACGUUCUAACACAGAAUGAUGAGAAGGGUUGUCAUCUUAUUGGAUACUUCUCAAAGGAAAAGCUUUGCCAGCAGAAGUACAAUGUCUCCUGCAUAAUGAUUAUGCCUCAGUACCAAAGGCAAGGAUUUGGGAGGUUCCUCAUUGAUUUCAGUUACUUACUUUCCAGGCUAGAGGGCCAGGCUGGCUCCCCAGAGAAGCCUCUGUCUGAUCUGGGUCGUCUGUCCUACUUGGCUUAUUGGAAAAGUGUCAUACUGGAGUACCUGCACAACCACCCAGAUAAGAGUGUCAGCAUCAGGGGAAUGAGCCGAGCCACGGGCAUGUGUCCACAUGACAUCGCUACCACACUUCAGCAGCUCAACAUGAUUGAUUUCCAGGAUGGCAGGUUUGUAAUCAUCCGGAGACAUCAGCUAAUUGAGGAGCACGUGGAUAGACUGAGAAUGAAGCCACGGCUUCAUGAGGUUGACCCUGACUGCCUGAGCUGGACACCGGUUUCAGUCUGCAGAAGCCCACCAGGGGAGCUGAAGAGGGCUAUAGCACAGGCAGACCGUCGUGCGGGCUGUAGUGCGUCAACCAGGAAUUUGACAAUGGGGAUGGGCUACACUAGCACAAGACCUCCACUAACCAAGUGCAAGAACUUCACCAGAAGAUACUCAGACCCACUGUUUGCCAACAGCGCUGGGAAAGAUUUUGAAGUGAGUGCAGAAAGCAGCAGUGAUGAUGAUGUUGAAGACGAUGAUGAAGACAGUGCAAUCAAAUCCCAGUCUGGGCAGGGGCUCAAGCGAAAGCGGGCACCAACUCUGCGACGGAAGAGAGGGAGGAGGAGAACACGAAUCAACAGCAGUGUCACGACCGAGACCAUAUCAGAGAGAACAGAGGUGUUAGAUGAGCCAUUCGAAAACUCUGAUGUGGAAAGCCCUCUGCCACAGCCCAGCAGGAGGGGUGGCAGCGAGGAUGAAGAAGAGGAGAAGAGCCAGACUUUAGCCAUGCGUCGGCCUGGUAGACCAAGAAGAUAUAAAGAUGACAAUCACUCAAAUCAAUCGAAAGAAGGAGGGGAUGUGGAAGCAGUGAAAAAGGACAAUCCUCGGCCUCUGAAACGGAAGAAAGGCUGGCCCAAAGGUGUCAAACGAGGCCCUCCUAAAUGGAGACUAAAGGAACGCAAAAUGGGCUUUAAGCUCAACCUCUACACACCUCCUGAGACGCCAAUGGUCACAGUGGAGCAGGAGCAAGAAGAGGAGCAGGAUGCCAGCCCUGCCUCCUUCUCAAGACCAUGUGAGUCCAUUAGAGAGCCCAGACCAGAGGACCCAGAGCUGGACCCCUGCGAUUCAGAGCCCCACAGUCCCGAGCCAUCCGACUCUCACAAAGGAAAUGAGAUUGAGUCAACAGACAAAUCUGACUCGGUGGAAAAUUCACCCUGUGGUGAUGAGACCAAUGAGACAAAAUCAGGUCCAAUAGAUGAUGCUGAAGAGUCCUCUCAAAAUACAGAGGAAGUCAAAGACCUGAAGCCAGAGGGUGAAGCAGAAGGCAGGGUUGGUAAGGGCUCAGGUGAACGAGAUGAAGAAGAUGAUGAAGACGAAGAGCCAGAACCAUCUCAUGUGGAUGAUCAUGAUGCAGAUGAUGAAGAUGACAGCCAUGAGCAGAGAGUAGACAACCCGGUGCCACUACCAGAAAGAGACCUUACGGAAGACCCAGAGCCAGUUCUAACUCCUAGUAACAACAGUAAAAAUCCUGAAGUGCAGCCGAGCCCUGUGGACCCACUGCCUCAUUGCUUAGAGGAGCUUGCAUCUGAAAGCACUCUUGUGAGCUUGGGUGUGCAACAGGGUGACACUGUGGACUCAGAUCAUCCUCCAGACUCAGAAACAGAGGAAGAGGAUAAUAGUCAGAGGCCUGAAGAAAAGCAUAUGGGCCCGUUGACCCCGGCAAUAAAAGAGGACCAUAACAUUUGCCCUGAGCUUGACAUGGAGACGGCCCAAGCAGUGCAGUCUCUGACUCAAGAGUCUGAGCAGGAGAGGCACUUUCAGGAUUGUGUGGAAACUCAGGAGGCCUGCCACAGCCUACAACGGUAUGUUCAUGUUGAGCAGAGCCCUCAGAUGACUCCCGUGGACGACUGCCAGCAGUCAGAUCACAGCAGCCCUCUGUCUUCUGUCCAUUCUCACCCGAGCCAAUCUGUACGAUCAGUCAACAGUCCAGCAGUGUCCAUUUUAGAAAGUGGUUACACACAGAUCAGUCCUGAUCAGGGCACUGUCUCAGUGCACUCACUACAUAACAACAUGGAGACUAGUCCAAUAAUGGAUGUGCCCUCGGUGUCAGACCACUCUCAGCAGGUGGUGGACAGUGGCUUCAGUGACCUAGGUAGCAUUGAGAGCACCACUGAGAAUUACGAGAAUCCCAGUAGUUAUGACUCAACGCUGGGUAACAGCAUUUGUGGCACGGGAGCAGGAGCGGGCGCCUCCUCCCAGAGCAGCUGUUCCUAUGGCAACCUCUCCUCCGGUGGCAGCCACAGUCAGAGCAGCUGUGCUGUGUCCCAGCAGAUGGCCGGUCCUGUAGUGAACAAUACUGGCGCUUGCAGCAUGCUCCAGCAAACCAGCAUGAGCUCCCCUCAGGGAUGCAGUGUGAAGUCUCCGCAAGGCUGUGUGCCGGAGAGGCAGCCCAGCCAUCCGCAUGGCCACGGGCACGGCCAUAGCCACAGUCACCACCACAGCCAUCACCAGCACCAUCCGCACCAUCAACAUCACCAACACCCACAACACCAGUACCAGCAGCCUCUGUCGCACUGCUCCAUGCCGGCCAGCUUCCCUCCACCCAUGCAGCUGCCUGACAUCCCAGAAUCCAACAAUCCCUCCAGCAACCUGGGCCUGUAUGACCGAAUGGGCCAGGGAGAGUAUGGAGGUGGACACUAUGGUCAGCACUCUGCUACUUUCAGCCUGCAUAAGCUACAACAGCUCACCAAUACUAUCAUGGACCACUCCUUGCCCUUCAGCCAUUCUGCCUCACACUCCAUCUCAUCCUAUGCAAACAACAACGGCUCGUUGUCCACGCAACUCGGUCCUCACAAUCCCGCACUGGUGUCGCUGUCGCAACCUGGUGGAGGUCCUCAGUCACAGGCUACUGUGACUCCUCCACCCAACAUGACACCACCACCCAUGAUGCUGCAGCGCAACAUGGCUACACCCAACAUGAACCUGGCCCAGUCUCAGAGACUGCAAACGCAAAUGGCCCCCAAGAAUCACCACCACCACCACCCUGUGUCCAUCCGCUCCAAAACGGCCCCUCUGCAGCCCCACCACCAGCAGCAGAUGUAUGGUAGGGGUCCUCAGACUGUAGCCAUGCAGGCUCCUGGGCGGACGCUGGCUAUGCCACCGCGGAUGAACAUGGGGGUAAACCUCAUGCCCGCCCCGGCUUACAAUGUCAACUCAAUGAACGUGAACGUCAAUAUGGCGAUGAACACUUACAGAGUGACACAGCCCAUGAUGAACGGAGGCUACCAUGGCAAUCCUACCUAUAUGAAUCAAUCUCCACAGUACUCUAUGCAGAUGGGCAUGAUGGGUACUCAGCCUUACCCACAGCAGCCCAUGCAGGCUCCUCCCCAUGGCAAUAUGAUGUACAGCCCAGCAGGUCAUCAUGGUUAUGUGAACACUGGCAUGUCCAAACAACCCUUAAACGGGUCUUAUAUGAGACGAUAAUCAGCGACCUGAAAGUGAAGGGUCAUGAUGUUGCAAAGUCAGCUAGUUGACUUGAGGUAUUUAGUUUGUUCUUAUUUUCAUAGUUAAUGUUCGCUUUUAUGGAUCUUUCUGAAAGAACCAGCACUUGGUAAGAAUGCAAAAAAAGUUUUGUUUAUUGGCUAAAUUUUAGCUUUUUUCCCCUGUUUAUGGGAAGCCUUACAGCAUAAGAUUUAAAAUGUAACAUUUGUUUAAGCGCAAAUCUCCCCCGAACUGCAUCGCAGUUGAAUGGAGGUUACAUUUUCUUUAAGUUGGAACCUGCAUUAUGGAACCUUUAAAUGUGCCUGCAAUGUAUGUUUUUGGACAAAAGAGCCUUUUCAAUGUACCUUUAGCAAUCGCAAGGUUAUAUAUGUAAGUCUGUACUCAUGCCUUCCUAUUAUUUAAAUUAUUGUAAAUCUACUUUUAUAUUUUUUUAAAUGUAAGGUUAUACUUAGCAUGCUAUAACGUCUUUGUUAGUAACAGUGCAUCAAAGUAGUACUGUACAGUGUUGUGCUUAAUAGCAAGCAAUUUUAUAUUAAAUGUAUGGCCUUGGUUAGGUUUCCCUCGUAUGGAAGGAAAAAUUAAACUCUAUUUUUGUUGAUUCUAAUACUGUAAAGAUUUGAAAACAUUGUCACGUUCGGCUUGGAAGGUUCUAUUGCUAAUUGUGUAUAAUUUGUUACUUUAUAACAAGUUUCUUUACCUGAGGCAGCUUUCUGUUUUUAUACAAUUUAAAGCAAUUUCUGUCACAAUAGCAAAGAACAGUCAAUGUCAGUAUUUGUACAUGUAGAAAUCUAAAUCAAAGGAGAAGGGUAAACGAAAACAUUUCAAAUGGGGCAGAGUUGCAAAAUUAUUAUUAUGAGUGUCAAUUUACUCCAAAGUUGGUCUUUUAUGAAAUGCCUUUAAACUUACAUUUUCAUUCCAUCUGUAGAUUUUUUUUAUCUUUAUAAAACAUCUAAUUUAUAUUUUACUGAAAUGUAGAGCAGUAGCCUUGUUGAUAGACAAAACAGAUGGCAUGUAAAAAGGUAAAUUGUAUCUGUGUCUGUUUGUAUAGCUUAUUUUGUAGCCUUUGUACCUGUACAGAAUGGCAGUUUGACGUAAGAGGGAUAUCCUGAUUGUACUAAUUAACAGAGCAACAGUCCUGUAUUUAUGAGUUACCUUUUUAGUCGGUCACUUAAAUGCUGUACAUUUUAGCAGAAAAUAAAUUAUGAUGAGCCACUGACAGACUUAAAA